AUGUCUAGAUUCGCUAACAUCUUCAAGUCGACGUUUGUACGUGCAACCUUGGGUGCUACCGGUGCGGCUGCUGCCACAGUGGUGUACUUGGAUUUCAUCAGACCUCCAGCGCAACCCCAAAUCAAAAACUCCUACACGCCGUUGGCCAAAACAGCUCCAGCUCCUCCAUCGCGUGAUGAACUCAUGAAGCGUUUGAAGGAGACAGACAAGUAUGACAUGUUGAUCAUCGGUGGUGGUGCUACCGGUACCGGAACUGCUUUGGAUGCGGCCACUCGUGGUCUCAACGUGUGCUUGGUUGAAAAGAACGACUUCGCUUCUGGUACCUCGUCUAAGUCCACCAAGAUGGCCCACGGUGGUGUGCGUUACUUGGAGAAGGCCAUUUUCCAGAUGUCCAAGGAUCAGCUUGAUUUGGUCAUCGAGGCCUUGAACGAGCGUGGUAACAUGCUCCGCACAGCUCCUCAUUUGUGUUCCGUUUUGCCCAUCAUGAUCCCUGUCUACAAGUGGUGGCAGGUGCCAUACUUCUUCAUCGGCUGUAAGAUGUACGACUGGUUCGCCGGCUACCAAAACUUGCGUAGCUCUACCAUCUUCUCUCGUGAAACCACCUGUGCUCUUGCCCCAAUGAUGGACAGUACCAACUUGAAGGCCUCCUGUGUCUACCAUGACGGUAGUUUCAAUGACUCUAGAAUGAACGCUGCUUUGGCUGUCACUGCCAUCGAGAAGGGCGCUACCGUUUUGAACUACGUCGAGGUCAAGCAACUCAUCAAGGAAAACGGUAAGUUGAUUGGUGCCUUGGCAGUUGACCGUGAAACUGGUGAGGAGAUUGUCGUCAAGGCUACUGCCACUGUUAAUGCUACUGGUCCAUUCGCUGAUAAGAUUUUGGAGAUGGACGAGGAUCCAAAGGGUUUGCCUCCAAAGACUCCUCAGCCCCCUCGCAUGGUUGUUCCAUCUUCUGGUGUCCAUGUUGUGCUUCCUGAGUACUAUGGUCCUCAGGGUAUGGGACUUUUGGACCCUGCUACUUCUGACGGUAGAGUCAUGUUCUUCUUGCCUUGGCAAGGAAAGGUCUUGGCUGGUACCACCGAUACUCCAUUGAAGUCUGUCCCUGAAAACCCAGUUCCUCUCGAGGAAGAGAUCCAAGACAUCUUGCAUGAGAUGCAAAAGUACAUUGCUUUCCCAAUCGACAGAGAGGACGUUUUGUCCGCCUGGUCUGGUAUCCGUCCCUUGGCUCGUGACCCAUCUAAAUUGCCUAAGGGUAAGGAGGCCAACGGCACUCAAGGCUUGGUUCGUUCUCACUUGAUCACCCAGUCUGAGACCGGUUUGGUUACCAUUUCCGGUGGUAAGUGGACUACUUACAGAGAGAUGGCCCAAGAGACCGUUGACACUGUUGUGAAGAACUUCAAAUUUGACCAUCCUAUUGGCCCAUGCAAGACCAACGAGCUCAUCCUUGUUGGUGGUGAUGACUACUCCAAGAACUAUUCCGCUAGAUUGAUUCACGAGUACAAGAUUCCAUUGAAGUUGGCUAAGCACUUGAGUCACAACUACGGAUCCAGAUCCUCCAUCAUUUUGGAGCUCUACCAAGAGUCCGAUCAGAACAAGUUGCCAGUCACAUUGGCUACCGAUUCUACAUUCGAGCCCUCUGAAGACGAGGCUUCCAAGGGUAACAAGUUGUCCUACCAAUCUUUCGACCAACCAUUCACCAUUGCUGAGUUGAAAUAUUCCAUGAAGUACGAAUAUGCCAGAACCCCUCUCGACUUCUUGGCCAGAAGAACCAGAUUGGCCUUCUUGGAUGCUAGAGAAGCAUUGAGUGCUGUCGACGGUGUCGUCGAUAUCAUGAGAGCCGAGUUGAACUGGGAUAACGCCACUGCCAAGAAGAUGGCCAAGGAAGCCAAAAGCUACAUUGGCCUGAUGGGUAUUUCGUCAAAGAAGUUCGAUGUUGAGGACUUCGUCAUUCAGUAA